AAAUUUUUACAUUUGGUAACUGACGUCACACCGUUAGGCGGCUCUUUUAACUGUCGGUAAGUUGUAAGCGCUGUUUUACCAUCUUCGGCAGAGACACGAAGGUGUUUCGCGAGUUUUGCGUGCGCGUCAGUUGAGUCGAAGCUUAGAUCGUGCGGCCAUUUUGGUUGCACAGAGAACGAAAGCAUCUUUCGAACCGUGCGGUGUGUUAAAGAAGAGGAGAACGUCGCAAGACUCCGAAGCUUAUUUUAUUAUUAAGAAAUAAGUGAAUAGGGGGCGAAGGAAAAGGCAACGCCCGGGAACAAGAGCCGACGUUUUGAGAGAAAAAAGUAGUUCGCGGCGCGGCGGUUCCCCCGGUUCCGGUAUUUGUUGGUUCUUCAACACACUUUCGACGAACCCUUAAAAAAGAGUCAUCCACAUCCAUCCGAUAAUGUCCGAGAGGGAGGACAACGUGUACAAGGCCAAAUUGGCCGAACAAGCUGAAAGAUACGAUGAAAUGGUCGAUGCGAUGAAAAAAGUGGCAAAACUUGAUGUGGAGCUAACCGUGGAGGAACGUAACCUGCUCUCGGUUGCUUAUAAGAACGUGAUCGGUGCCCGACGAGCAUCGUGGCGGAUAAUUUCGUCGAUUGAGCAGAAGGAGGAAUCAAAGGGAACUGAUGAUAAAUUGGAAAUGAUCCGGCAGUAUCGCGGUCAGGUUGAAAAGGAAUUGAGGGAUAUCUGUUCCGACAUUUUAUCUGUUUUGGAUAAACAUUUAAUACCGGCUGCUUCGACGGGAGAAUCCAAAGUGUUUUAUUAUAAGAUGAAGGGUGAUUACCAUCGAUAUUUGGCAGAAUUCGCGACGGGUAACGAUCGCAAAGAUGCAGCGGAACACUCCUUGGUAGCUUACAAAGCGGCGAGCGAUAUCGCGAUGACAGAGCUACCACCCACGCACCCAAUCCGUUUGGGUUUGGCGCUAAACUUUAGCGUCUUUUACUACGAGAUUCUCAACAGUCCAGAUAGGGCGUGUCGCCUGGCGAAGGCAGCGUUCGACGACGCCAUCGCCGAAUUGGACACGCUUUCCGAAGAAAGCUAUAAAGAUAGCACGCUCAUUAUGCAGCUACUCCGAGAUAACCUUACGUUGUGGACCAGUGACAUGCAAGGAGAUGGUGAAGCAGAACCAAAAGAGCAAUUGCAAGAUGUAGAAGAUCAGGACGUGUCAUAACUGUCUUAAACAAACAAAAUUUAUAUGGGGCACGAAACGACGGCCCCUUUAGGAGCCCUGGCCACCAUCGUUAAUAUAAAAAGGGGGUUAUUUAAAAAAUAACGUGGGAAUGAGAAGAGGGUAGAGAACAUUGAGUGUGCAGAAAAAAAAUAAUAAUAAAAGUGUUGUGCAUAAUGGACGCUCUAUCUACUACUACUACUACAACUACUACUACCGGAAGGAUUAAAAAAAAUAACACGUAACUACACAAAAAAAUGAUAAAAAAUUCGAGUUUAACUUGAAAACAAAAAAAGUCGAGAAAAAAAAAUAAUAAUUUUUUUUUGAUUUAAUAACGAGGGUGGCCGCCGCGUACAUAAUGUAUUAUUAUUAUUAAUAUUAUUAGCCGUAACUUUAUUGUAAUCUGUGUGCGAUUGAGUGAGUGCGAGUGAAUGUGCGAUUGAUUCUUUAAUUUUUUUUUUUUUUUUUUUGAUCAAUUAAAAAAAUAAUGUGAAAAUGAAGUUAGUGCGAAAGAUAUUAAUAAAAAAAGAGAAUGAGUAUUUGAUUCGUGUCUUUCCGGACGUUUACGGAUUUUUUUCGUCGCGAUGCUAGAAAAAAAACGCCUUUUUACUACUACAACUGCAUUAUUAUUAUUAUUAACUAAUAAUCUAGCAAGUUAUAAAAAGAAAUCAUUAAAUCACAUCCAUUUAUUAUGUGAAGAAAGAAAAAUGGAAUAAGAAAAUGAAAUGGAAAAGAAUCGGAAACAAAAAGAAAACUGACAACCACCGAGAGCUUCUUAUAAUGGUAACUUUAAAGGUAACAUUAAAAAAAAAUUGGUUAUUUAAAAUAAUUUAGUUUUUUAUUUUGAGUUUUAAGUUAUUUCCUUGUUAAAAUGAAUCGUUAAGGUUUACAAUAAACCUUGGUAAUAAAAUAAAAAUGAGGUUGCUGUCCGAGAGAGAAUACGAAAAGGAAAUAAGUGAGA